CUGCGCCACUCACCAUAUUGCGCAGAGUGCGAGAGGACGCGGAGAGCGGACCUGCCGCUACCCGAGCCAGUCGAGUGUUUUCAGGGGCCGAAAGUAGAGCGCGGCCGGUCCGGGGGGCGCGCGAGACGCUGCUGGCGGCUGCCGGAGGCCCACCGCUCGUCUGAAAACUUUUGGGAUAGUCGGCUUGCAUGAGUUGGAGCGGGACACCUCGGGACAAGAGGGAAUGGACAAGCACAAAGUGCUGGACCAGCUCCUCAUGGAGCUCCACCACUUCCUGCUCAUCCUCGACAAAGAGACCCUGAGCGGGAACGCCACCGUCCACAAGGGACUGCUCUCCGACCUACUCCGGUCCUACACGGUGUCCAACGGUGCGGAUGAGGAGUACAUCUACAUGAAUAAAGUCGUCGUCGGUAGCAAGGAAAACUCGGAGAAAGAUGACAGAGCAAGCAUCCUGGUCAACGGAAAAGCAACCAAACACGUCCCCGUCCCACCGAAGAACCUUCCCAAUCUGCCACCCGCCAGAACAGGGACCGCGACUCGGGAACCUUUCCCCCUACCCGCGGUCCAGGCGCCGACCUGCUUGGAAGCCUCAGAGAGUUACUACGAGGAGGCUCAGCCGUACGAGGAAACCGUCAAUGAGCCGCAAAGCGCCCUCUUGAGGCGUUGGCUGCGAGUGGCGAGCUCCGACGGCGUCGUCUAUGCCGCUAUCACCCGCGAUGAUGGCGAGGCGGUCAGCAGCUCGUACGAGUCCUACGACGAGGAAGAAGCGGUGACCAGAGGAAAGUCGCCGUCGGCGCAGCAUCAUUGGCCGUCGGCCGAGGCGUCCAUUGAGCUGAUGAAAGAUGCGCGCAUCUGCGCCUUCCUGUGGAGGAAGAAGUGGCUCGGCCAAUGGGCCAAGCAACUGUGCGUCGUCAAAGAGCACCGUCUACUGUGCUACAAGAGCUCCAAAGAGCAGACGCCCGUGUUGGACGUGAGCCUGCUGGGCUGCAGCGUGACCUACAAGGAGAAGCAGCUCAAGAGGAAGGAGCACAAGCUGAAGAUCGUCCCGGUGGGAGGGGAGGCCAUCGUGCUGGGCCUGCAGAGCAAGGAGCAGACGGAGCAGUGGCUCAAGGUGAUCCAGGAGAUCAGCCCCAAGCCGACGGAAAACGGCGACCUGCAGCAUCCUGCCUCCGACUCUCCGAGGCUCAUUUGCACUAAGGCGGACGCAGGCGAGCGACACUCGGAAAGCGGCGGCGGCGCCGACAGUCAUGCUGAGACUCCCGAGAAAGAUGUCAAGAAAAAAUACGGUGCCGGUUUGAAGCUUAGCAACCUGAUGAACAUCGGGAAAAAAAAAGCGUCGGCACUGGAGAGCGCGGAGAAAUGUGUCGAAACCUCCGGCUACCUCAACGUGCUGGUGAACAGCCAGUGGCGGACGUGCUGGUGCCUCAUCAAGAACGGUCAGUUGUGGUUCUACCAGGACAAGAGCAAGAGCAAAGUGAGCCAACCUGCCGUGAAGCUGGGGGGUUGCCAGGUUUCGCCGGACCCCAGCCCGGAGCACCUCUACACCUUCCGCAUCGACAUGAGCGGCGCGCAGCUGGCAACCCUGGAGGCCAAGACGUCGGCAGUCAUGGGCCACUGGCUAGGCCUCUUGCUGUCCCAGACAGGGAGCAAGACAGACCCGGAGGAGCUAACCUACGACUACGUCAAUGCCGAGAGAAUCACCAGCAUCGUCAACGCUGCAAAGACGUCAUUCUACUUGAUGCAGCGGCGCUACUCCGAGCCAAACGCCUACAUCGACGCCCUGCCCGCCACCCCUCAGAAACCAGACGAGCUGUACGACGACGUGGCGUCAAUCGCUGAUCCGGAGGAUAUUGUUGCUGACCGUCUUCCACAGAGUGAAGAAAAGGACCCCGACGAACACAAUGAAAUGUCUGCGCAAGACCCGAUAGCUCAGGAUGAGGAACCUGAAAACAGAGUCUACCUCGACCUGCUCCCUGUGAGGUCUUUCCUGUAUCCAGCGGCAGGUGGCGGAAAGGAAUCCCCCACACAAGAAACAUCAGGAGAAUCCCCUGAACACUUAGAAGAACACAAGGACCCUUUGCACCCAAAUGCAGAGGUAGUGACAAAUGACCCGCCAGGACCCGACGCAGCACCAGCUUCAAAUGACUCCGGCUCCGCCGAAGCAGAGGAAGCGCACUCCACAACCGAGACGCCGCAGCCAACGCCACCAAAUUUCAAGACUCAAAGCCAGGAGCCCCCCAAGAGGACGUCGAGUUCCUCAGGGGUCACGAAAGCUUUGACUCUUCAAACAACCUCGGGCUUUCCUCUUAGUCCUCAACCGCUCCGACCUAAAGCGUUUAGCACAGGCUGCCCCGGCGCCGUUGAGGGGAAGCUGGGCAAAAAGCGCACAGAGGCAGACUUGUUGCGCUACAGCGACGAGCGCGAGCGGCUGGAGAGAGCGCGCGAAGACGUCAGGAGCAGCCUGGCCGGCCUGAAAAAGGAACGGAGAGAAACCAAAGAGGAGCUCAGCACCUGUCAAGAUCCCAAGCAGCAGAGCUCACUGGAAAUUCGGCUGAAGCAGAUCGAGGAGGCCAGUCGGGAAGCUGAGCAGCGGCGUGUGGAGGUGGAGCUGCGGCUCGUGGAAGUGAAGGAGAGUCUCAAGAAGGUGGAGGCCGGGCCCUUCACACUGGGGACCACGCUGGACAGCAACCUCCAGGAGACAUAUGCGACAAAAAUAGUGGCGCCGCCUGUUCCCCAAACUGCAUCAUUGCCAUCCUCCUGCGAAGCAUCCGGCGGCCCCACCGGGGCAGACGCAGCAUCUCCUGUCAAUUCGGCGAGCGCACUUAAGAACAGGCCAGCCUCCAUCAUGGCCACCAAAGGCAAAGUGCUGCAGAAAGCCAAAGAGUGGGAAAGGAAGUCCACCGCUUAAAGAAGAGAGUCCAGUGUCUUUUUCGGGUCAACCAGUUGAAGCCUGUGCGCUCAUCUCUUAACCGAUUCCAAAUAAAUCCGCAUGCGAUCGUCAGCCUUCGCACAAGAGUGUCCUCUCCGCAACCACUGGAUACUUUCAAAGACUUGUUGAUGCUCCAAAUGAAGGGAGGCAUUUAAAUGCGGUAACAUUCUGGCCAGUUGACUAAUUGCUCUUGUACACUGAAAAGCGUCUCAAGUUUGAAACCACUAACCGUCUUGAAUUGGCUACAAAUCAUCCUGGAGAUUGUAGCUUGGAUCAACAUUUAUGCUGGUAGCCAAAUGUAAAUAUAAGCACGUCAUUUAAUCAGACUUUUUUGUUUGUGUGUGUGUGGGGUGGGGGGAUCUAUUGCUAGCUUAAAAAAAAACAAAACGCACUUUUUAUUCAAAUAAAUACAUACUGUCAACAA